AUGUCCAACCUAAAAAUGAAAGAGGCAGCCCUUAUCUAUCUUGACAGAAGUGGAGGUCUCCAAAAAUUUAUAGAUGAUUGCAAGUAUUAUAAUGAUUCAAAACAAAGUUUUGCUGUCUAUCGAUUCAAUAUUUUAAUAAAUCCCUCUGAUGUUGUUGAACUGGAUGCUGAACUUGGAAAUCACAUUUUACACCAGCCUUUGAAGGCUGCUCAAGUUUUUCAAUCAGUCUGUUUUAUUGCUGUUAAGACUCUUUCAUUAAUUGGGCAAUUGCAGAUUGAAACUCAAAUUAAUAUAGUGCUGAAAUUAACACAUUUACCUCCUCUGCCAAGUUAUGAUCUUGAUCUUUGUAAGUUUCCAUUUGAUUAUACAUCUCAGAGGUUUUAUAUGAUGCAAGGAAUUGUGAUUGCAAUGACGACUGUCACCAAAUAUACACAGGGUGCAAGAUUCCUUUGUUCAGAUGAAGCAUGCCCUCUUUCAGAAGGGUUUCGGUAUAUAAGAGUGCAUGUGCCUGGUGCUACAGAAUCUGCAACAGUAAGAAAUGACUUCUUGUGUAAUCUAUGUGCUUCUUCACUUCAAGAAGAUAGAAAAUUUAGAGUACUUGGUGAUAAACAGAUAGUUGAAGUAAUUACCUCAAAGGCACUUGAUGCUUUUCGAGGAUAUUCUAACAGCCAACCAUUUAGGUUUCAAUCCUUCACAAUUUUCCUAAGAGAUGAAUUGGUGAAUAAAAUGAAUAUAGGAAAUGAAUAUAAAAUUAUUGGAAUUCCAACCUGUGUAAAAACUUCACAAACUGCUGUCUGUAUAGAGGCAAACAGCAUUACUUUUUGCAGUUCCAAAGUUCCUUCAGGAAUUAAUGACAACUUCAGGUGUCUCCUCUCCUUGACUUCUAGCUCUUGCUGGAAGUUUGCAGCGAUACUUGCCAACAUCUUUGCAUCACACAUUGUUCCUCCUGGGACUUACAAUUUGCUCAAGCUCUGUUUAUUGAUGAGUCUUGUACAGACAAAUGACCGUAAAAAGGAACUGGAAGAUUGCCUAGAUGUUUUAAUUAUAACAUGUGAUACGCUACUUGUAGACAGGCUUUUGAAUUUUAGUAUAAACCUUGUGCCUCGUGGUAUACGUCAUCCAGUCUCUACUGAAAUUUUUCCUACUUUGUCCAGGAAUAAGUGUGGAACUGGAGCUGUUAGCAUUCAAGCUGGCAGUGCUUUGCUAGCUAAAGGUGGUAUCUGCUUUAUAGGAGACUUGUCUUCACACAAAAAAGAUAAGCUUGAACAGCUUCAAACAGUUCUGGAGAGCAGAAGCAUUACAGUAUACAUCCCAGGAAAGAAAUUUGGGGAUGAUAAUGAUCAACAAGUGACUUUUCCAGUUCAGUGCAGUUUUUGGUCGUUUGUUGAUAUGGAUUCAUCUUCAAGGAGAAAUGCACAGAAAACCAACACUCUAAUUGGUCAAAUGGAUUGCAGUUUGAUUCCAGCUAAUCUUGUGGAGGCAUUUGGAUUAUUGAUCAACUGCAAUGAAUCAUCUCCUUGCAACCCAUUCCUUCCUACUGUGCAACAUACUUUAAAGAAAGCCAUUGAUCCUGAAGGGUUGCUUUACAUAGCUUCUAAACAGUUUUCAACCGAAGAUUUUGAAAAGCUUCUAGCAUUUGCAAAGAAUUUGAAUGUAGAAUUCAGCUUGGAGGCAGAAAGAAUGAUUCAUGGCUAUUAUCUCGCGAGUCGCAGAAUCAGAACAGAUUCUGUAUGUGGAUCAAAACUGUCAGCAUCUGCAUUAAAAUAUUUAGUUUCCCUAUCUGAAGCACAUGCUCGACUGAACUUAAGGAAUAAGGUACUUAAAGAAGAUGUGCUAAUUGCAGCCUUAUUAUUUGAAACAUCUCUCACAUUGAAAUAUGGUGCUACUGUAUUUUGUGUUGCUCCAAAUGCAGUAUUUCCAUUUGAGCUCUAUGAUGAAGAAUAUUUAGAGCAAAGGGAUGUCUAUCUGACUCAAUGCCAACAACAGCUCCAUCAGUUUAUUGCCACAUACGGACCUGGGACAACUAUUUUAUCUAGUGAUGAAUAG